AUGGGUCCCUAUGGGGACUGGGAGAGACUGGCCACUGCUCUCAGUCUUUUCCUGCCCUCCUGUCUCUCUCUAGACUCUCGGACCUCCUGGCUCCUGCCCUUCACCCUGCUCUGCCUCCUCUGGCCUCAGGAGGCUGGUGCUUUCCCUGCUGUGCCCUUGUCCAGUCUGUUUGCCAACGCUGUGCUCCGAGCCCAGCAUCUGCACCAGCUGGCUGCUGACACCUACAAAGAGUUUGAGCGCGCCUACAUCCCCGAGGGACAACGCUAUUCCAUCCAGAAUACCCAGGCUGCUUUCUGCUUCUCAGAGACCAUCCCAGCCCCCACAGGCAAGGAGGAGGCCCAACAGAGAACUGACAUGGAAUUGCUUCGCUUCUCACUGCUGCUCAUCCAGUCGUGGCUGGGGCCCGCACAGUUCCUCAGUAGGAUCUUCACCAACAGCCUGAUGUUCGGAACCUCGGACCGUGUCUAUGAGAAACUGAAGGACCUGGAAGAGGGCAUCCAGGCUCUGAUGCAGGAGCUGGAAGAUGGCAGCCCCCGUGCUGGGCAGAUCCUCAAGCAAACCUAUGAUAAGUUUGAUACCAACAUGCGCAGCGAUGAUGCUCUGCUCAAAAACUACGGGUUGCUCUCCUGCUUUAAGAAGGACCUGCACAAGGCUGAGACCUACCUGCGGGUCAUGAAGUGCCGCCGUUUUGUGGAAAGCAGCUGUGCCUUCUAG